AAGCUUCUGUCCACACCACACACACCCCCUAUUCAUUACAAAUUAACAUUCAAAACCUAAUUAGCCACCAUGGAGGACGAGGAGGAGGGGCCACGCUCCCCCACCGCCACCACUCUCCCCGAAGACAACGAAUUCGACGCCCCGCCCUCCUCUCCUCCGCCGGCUUUCCUUUUCCACCGCCCGCCCCUGCUGCAGCCUGCUACCGCCAUGGCGCCGCUUUACAAGCAGCGUUCCUGGUCGCCGGAUGCGUACCGCGACGAGGCGUGGCUCCGCCGCAAAGGCAACUGGAAGAACCGCCGCAGCCGUAGCGUGACGGAUGAGGACGUCAACGAGCUCAAGGCCUGCAUCGAGUUAGGCUUUGGAUUCGAGUCUUCGCCGGAGGUGGAACCUGAUCAGCGCCUCUCCGAUACAUUACCGGCGCUAGAGCUCUACUACGCCGUCAACAAGAGCUACAACAAUUCUCUCCUCUCCAGGCCCCCUGCCCCCGUCACUGUCACCGCCUCCUCAACGCCGCCGUAUUCUUCCGCUGCCUCCGACGACUGCGAGAGCACGUCUUCUUCCCAUGGCAGUCCCCACACCAUCUUCACCACCGGUGAUAAUCCGCAGACGGUGAAGACAAGGCUAAGGCAGUGGGCUCAGGUUGUGGCUUGUGCGGUGCGGCAAAACUCAGGCUGAGAAGAAGAAUUAACGAUGAUGAUGAUGAUUGCUUGUUCCGUUAAUUGGCGAUUAACCCAGGAACUAAACCAGGGUUAGCAAAGUUAACCACACAGUGUGACGUGUGCGAAAUUAUUAUUAAUAUGACGAUGACAGGGAUUCACCACCGAAUUGACGAACCCUACUAAAUACCCCCGGGGACCCCCCUAUUAACCAAACCCCAAUUGUCUCGGAACCAAACUUGUUAGUUCCUUGGCUAUUAUUAUAAUGUUGCUGUCGGCAGCUCCCCCUUUUGUAUUGUGCUUCUCCAUUUUCAUCACUUAAUUAAGGCUAGAUCUAUGUCCAUUAUAUAUACUAUCCUGCUUUGUUCACAUUUAAAUUACUUUUUUUGUUAUGGAUAUGCUAGCUAGCUGAUAGUGCUAGUUAAUUACUAUAGGUUUGUUUUAAUUGUGUCAGAACCAAUUCCCGUGUGAAAAUAUUGGUCAAAACGUGUGUAAUUGUAAUGUACUGUAUAUAUAUAUUGCCUUAGCUUGUUGGGCUUGGUGCUUGGAAUUGGAAGAAAGAAGAAUGUGACAA